UUUGAUCAUUAAUAUCCGUGUAUUUUAUUUUUUAACUUAUUGACGCUACAAACUUUGUUGAUUAUUGAGUAAACUUUUAGUUUAUUAACCUAAACUCAGGAAGUAAAUUUUCAAUUCUAUUAUUCGUGUUAGUUUUUUUUUUCUUUUCAAUACUUAUUGCAAGUGAUUACUGCAAUAAAUGAACUUUUGUUUUUACGUAAGAAGGUAUACCUAUACUUGCGGAUUUAGUAAAAUUGUAUUAAAGUCGCGUCUUACUUUACGAAAAAUCCAAAUCGCUAAUAUGGGAUUACUAACUGAAGGUAGCCCACUUUCUUGGGAAGAAACCAAAGCAUUAGCGGAGCACGUACGGCAUCAUGGCAUCGAGCAAUUUAUUAACCUAUAUAGAAAGCUACGGGAACGCACUGGUGAUGUUCUCAAAUGGGGAGAUGAGGUGGAGUAUAUAAUAGUAAAAUUCGAUGAUAAAAAUCAACGAGCCACAGUUAGCUUAAGAGCGGAUGAACUUCUUCCUAAACUACAAGAAAAAGAACUGGAGGAUCCACAAAACGUGAAAUCACUGUGGCGCCCAGAAUAUGGUGCAUAUAUGGUCGAGGGCACUCCAGGCAAGCCAUAUGGCGGUCUUUUGGCUCAUUUUAAUAUAGUAGAAGCUAAUAUGAGAUAUCGUAGAAUUGAAGCAAGUAACCUAUUAAAAGAGGGUGAGGUUAUAAUGAGCAUCACAAAUUUCCCAAGGCUUGGCUGUCCAAAUUUUACCAGUCCGCCGUAUGCCGCAAAACCUGACAGGGGCGUGACAAUGUCGCACUUUUUCCCAGAUGAAGGUAUAUUCUCCGGUCAUCCUCGGUUUAAAACACUAACAUCAAACAUUCGUAAGAGAAGGCAAGAAAAAGUUGCCAUUAAUAUUCCCAUUUAUCGUGAUGUAAAUACAAAAAUCCCAGUUGACGAUUCUCAUAAACUAGAGCCCGGAGCGGCUCAGCCAGACUCCAUUUACAUGGACGCAAUGGGUUUCGGUAUGGGCUGUUGCUGCCUCCAACUUACAUUCCAGGCUUGUUGCAUUACUGAGGCUCGCACGCUCUACGAUCAACUCGCGCCACUGUGUCCAAUCAUGCUCGCUCUGUCGGCCGCGUCGCCUAUCUACCGCGGCUUCCUCUCCGACGUGGACUGCCGCUGGAAUGUGAUCUCGGCGUCGGUGGACUGCCGCACGCGCGAGGAGCGCGGCCUCGAACCUCUCAAGAACAACAAAUUCCGCAUACAGAAGUCCAGAUACGAUUCGAUUGAUUCGUAUUUAUCUCCAGACCAUGAAAAGUACAACGACAUCCCGAUAGUGCACGACGCGGCCAUCUACCGCCACCUGCGCGAGGGCGGCAUCGACCACCCGCUGGCCUUGCACGUGGCGCACCUCUUCAUACGGGACACCGUCUCGCUCUUUACAGAGAAAGUGCACCAGGACGACGAGAACGAUACCGACCACUUCGAGAAUAUCCAGUCUACGAACUGGCAGACGAUGCGAUUCAAGCCGCCACCUCCGAACUCUCCCAUCGGCUGGCGCGUCGAGUUCCGCCCGUGCGAGGCGCAACUCACGGAUUUUGAGAACGCGGCUUACGUCUGCUUCGUCGUAUUGCUGACCCGAGUUAUUCUGUCGUAUAACCUCAAUUUCGUCAUGCCAAUCAGCAAGGUGGAUGAGAACAUGCAGCGCGCGCAGCGACGGGGCGCGUGCACUGAGCAGCGGUUCUGGUGGCGCCGCGACGUGGGCGCGCCGCGCACCGUGGCGCCCGACGCGCCCGCCGCGCCCGCCGCGCCCGCCGCGCCCGACGCGCCCGACACGCCCGACUGUGACCACUAUCUAGAGAUGACCAUCGACGAGAUCGUUAAUGGAAAGGAAGGUGUGUUUCCGGGCCUGAUUCCGUUGAUUGAGUCGUAUCUGUCGGGUAUGGACGUGGACGCGGACACGCACUGCUCGGUGCAGCAGUACCUCAAGCUGAUCCAGCGCCGCGCCGCCGGGGAGAUACACACCAUGGCCACCUGGAUGCGGGACUUCGUCACCAACCACCCAGAAUACAAGAAAGAUUCAGUGGUGACGGAGAAAAUAAACUAUGAUCUACUUAAAACCGCUCACGGCAUCCAGACGGGCUCGACCGCCGCGCCCACGCUGCUGGGCGGCAGCACCGCCUCCAAGACCAACGAAGACAUUCCCAACGCAUUUAGGAGGAUGUUGAGCAAGGACUGCUCCUAACCGCAUCCUCUGUCUCCCGUAGUGCCUUGAGCCCUUGACGCGCAUAUUUAUUGCCUAUGUACUUGUUAUAGUAGGUUCGCCUUAAAUAGUUUAUAAUCUUGUAUGGGUGUCUGUCUACUUUUGAAGAUUUUGCAGGAUGAAAAAAACGAUACGGAAAUACUUCGCUUCAUAUGGGACUUUUAUCUUAGAACUAUUGAAAAAUAAAAUUGUGGUAUGGAUCAUUUCUAUUACUAAUCUUUGGUUGAUAUUGUUUUGCAGUACGAAUACCAUUCAAUGAAUAAAAAUUGUUUUCGUGUAAAGUGUAUGCUAAACUUUUUAUAGUAUUAAAAUCGAGCCGCCA